AUGCCACAAAAUAGACUCUCCCCUUCGACCUGUCUAACUCCCACUCCAUUCCAACGUCUCUCUCCAUUUCCCACAGAACCCCUCACCACCAAUAAAAAUAUCGAUUACGAUUGGUAUGGGGGUUUCGAUCAUCACAAAAUACUUACUGAGGCGACUUCUCUCCUCUCUACCCACACUUCUCUCUCAGCUUCAUGCGUAUCCUCUACCGUUUCCGACUUCCUCGAUAUCGCUCGGAAAUAUUGCAAUGAGUAUGAGAGAGUUCCAACAGAGGCCUGUUGGUUUACUAUCCGUCUCACCAAACCAAGUGAUGUUUUUGUGAUGCCUAGAUGGCAUCAAGAUGGGAGAAUGUUCGACUGCACCUGUCUUCAUUCUCAUUCGGGACGCGAGGACGAGGGAUCCAGUAGCGACCCUAAGAAGAAGAAGGCAAUUCACAGUAAAUACGCCACCACACUCCUUGGCCCUUGCACUAGACUGCUCCCAUGA